AUGUCCAAGGCGGAUAUAGAGCAGAGCUCGGAUAUAUCAGAAAGCGAUGGCACGUCCACACCGGUCAAGCCCACUCUCUUCCAGCGAUGGAAGGCCCAUAUGAAGAAAUGGUGGUGGCUUUACCUGAUCAUCUUCUGCAUUAUUGUACUGGUGACUGUCCUGCCCAUUAUAUACGUGGGAGUCCCCAACUUCGCCAAUCAGUAUAUCAAUGACCAUAACUUCGAUACUUCGGGCUUAACCAUCACAGACCCCACUCCGGACUCGUUCCAUAUCCAACAAUCCCAAGAAUUCCAAGUAGGGGGUGGAUUCAGUGGCAGUGGGCGUCUUUCUCCGUUCAAUGCAUCGCUCAGUGCCCCCGGAUCGGACAGAAGUUUUGCCACUUUCGAGGUCCCAGAGGUCGAAUUCAGCAACGGUGCCGUGCUCGACAUCGACCAGGAUCUGCACCUUUCUUGCGUCAGUUGCUUUUCGCAGUUGGCAGCGUCUGCAGUCUCGAGUGCGGACUUCGGCAUUCUCAUUACCGGAAAACCAGACCUCGAGAUCAAGGGUCUUCCGACGGCUCAUCUGGAUAUCCAUAAGAACAUGAAGAUGCAAGGCUACAACGCCCAGGAAUUUCUCAACCGCGACGGCGCCUUCAACGUAACGGAUAUAAAUAUCCUCGACCCCCCGGUAAACGGCUACAACGUGAACGCCACCGUAGCCUUCAAAAACCCAACUCCCUUCAACGUCCAAGUGGGCUCCGUCGGCUUCAAUCUCACCAUAGGUGAUAACGACCUUGGCUACAUCGACAUCCCCGAUCUAACCCUGCGGCGUGAUCUCACCAACACCGAUAUCCUGGGAAACAUCAGCAUCAAGACCCUCGUGCGUGAGGGCAUAUGGAAAUCGAGCACCGAGGAGCUUGGCAAGGUGACGAUCGGGAUGCGCGGGAAUCGGUGCGUGUAUGACGGCAAGGAGAUUCCGUAUUUCACGUCGGCUUUCAGGGCUGUUAACGUGUCGCUGGAGGUGGAUUUGAUGAAAUAUGCGAAAUAUUUAUUGUGACAUCGAUGUGAAUGCAUCGGGGGAGUACAUCAUGAUAGAACAUUCGUCCAAUAGAGCUUACUCGAGAUGCAAUCCAGAUCGAUUGGUUGCAAGGCGCUGUGAAGUCUUACAGAAAUUGCCCCAGACUUUGUCCAGUGACCAUAGACAGUUAAAUCGAAGAGUUCUGC